AUGGAGAGCAGCCCCCCUUCUCCUGCAGAAGAGCCCCGCGGGGCGCAGAGCCCGGAGCCGCUCGGGGCAGAGGGCUCCCAAGAGCCGGAGGAGGGAGGGAGCGAGGAAGGGGCGGCGGAGGAGAAGUCCCCCGGCCCCUGGCGGGAGGAGGAUGCAGCUGAAAGGAAGGGCCAGGAGGCGCCCGGGGACCGGGGCGCCGCGGAGAGCGGCGGAGAGGGGGAAGAGGAGGCAGGAGCAGGGAGCCCCGAGGGGCAGCAGCAGGAGCCUGCCCCCGCGCACAGCCCAGCAGGGGAGCGCGCGGAGGAAAGGGGCGAAGGAGACGCAGGGGGAAGCGGGAAGGGCGAAGGACCUGCAGAGCUCCCCGCGGAAGAGAGCACCGGAGGCGAGAGCCCGGAGCCGAGCACCGGAGGCGAGAGCCCGGGGCCAAGCCCCGCGGAGGAGAGCACCAGAGGAGGGAGCCCGGAGCUAAGCCCCGCAGAGGAGAGCACCGGAGGAGAGAGCCCGGGGCCAAGCCCCGCAGAGGAGAGCACCGGAGGAGAGAGCCCGGGGCCAAGCCCCGAGGAGGAGAGCACCGGAGGAGGGAGCCCGGAGCUAAGCUCCGCGGAAGGGGGAGCCGCAGAACGGGCUGCCCCCCGGGCAGAAACCCCCCAGGCAGAAGAUCCUGCAGAGGCUGCCGGGGAGGAAGAAGAGCCUGAAGGAGACUCUGGAGAGGACGCGAGAGAGGAAGAAAAGCCUGGGGAGGUGGCAGGGGAGGAAGGAGCCCCCGAGGGAGAAGAGCGCGAAGAGGAGGAGAGAGAGGAAGAGGAUGGCAAGGAAGAUGCAACGGCAGAAGCAAAGCCCGAGGAAGGGGAGGAUGCAGCUGAGGACGAAACUAGGGCAGGAGAAAGUCCGGAAAGCACUGCACCGGCGGGAGCAAAUCCCGAAGACACUGAGCCAAGCGAAGAAAGCCCCGCGGCAGGAGACGCCGCAGGCCAUGCAACCGAGGAAAUACCAGCAGCAGCAGAACACACAGAGGACGCUGCUACAAGAGAAAGCCCAGAGGACACCCCAGGUGGGGAUGAACUGAGCAACCACCUAACAGAGCCACAUGCAACCGGUGAGCCUGCGGGAGCGGAGAGAGGCGAGGAAGCCAUGAACCUGAACGGCAUGCAGGGCAGGGGCGAGGGAGAGGAAGAGGAUGAGGCGAGCACACCUGGUGAACCCGGAGAAGAGACGCAAGAGCAUGACAUCUCCCUCUUCGUCAAGGCUGGUAGUGACGGGGAAAGCAUUGGAAAUUGCCCAUUUUCUCAGCGUCUCUUUAUGAUUCUGUGGCUGAAAGGUGUUAUAUUUAAUGUAACAACUGUAGACUUGAAAAGAAAACCUGCAGACUUACAGAAUCUAGCCCCAGGAACAAACCCUCCCUUUAUGACUUUUGAUGGUGAAGUGAAAAUUGAUGUCAAUAAGAUCGAGGAGUUCUUAGAGGAAAAAUUAACACCACCAAGAUACCCCAAACUUGGGCCAAAGCACCCCGAAUCUAAUUCUGCAGGAAAUGAUGUGUUUGCAAAAUUCUCUGCUUUCAUAAAGAACACAAGAAAAGAUGCUAAUGAAAAUUUGGAAAAAUCCUUACUUAAGGCUCUAAGGAGGCUGGAUAACUAUUUAAAUACCCCCUUGCCUGAUGAAAUUGAUGCCUAUAGCACUGAAGACAUCACUGUUUCCAGCAGGAAAUUCCUGGAUGGAGAUGAGCUCACUUUAGCAGACUGCAACCUCUUACCAAAGCUCCACAUCAUUAAGGUUGUUGCAAAAAAAUAUAAGAAUUUUGAGUUUCCACCUGAAAUGACUGGGAUCUGGAGAUAUUUGAACAGUGCUUAUGCUAGAGAUGAAUUCACAAAUACUUGUCCUGCCGAUCGAGAAAUUGAGUUUGCAUAUUUGGAUGUUGCAAAGAGAAUGAAGUGA